GUUAUUAUAUCCACUAACAGAUAACAUGCAUAUCACAUAACAUAACCUAAUAAAUUACCGUUAUUUGCAAGUAAUAUUAUGUAGUCUGUGGUUGUUUGUUUGGAGAUUUUCUAUAAGGAUUGCCAAAUACAAAUAUUGAUUAAUAAUUGAAGAAGGCACCAUGAGUGAAAAGGAAAAGUCAGAUAAGGGUAAGAUGUCCCAGCCCAAGAACAUGCCAAAGGAUGGACAAGUGAUUUUGGCCAUAAUGAAAGAAAUGGGAAUAACAGAGUACGAGCCCAAAACCAUAGUUCAAUUAACCGAGUUUGUCUACCGGUAUGCCUCCUCUAUAUUACAAGAGGCUCGAAUGUAUGCCAAUAAUUCAAGCAAGAAAACUAUCGAUGUUGACGAUAUUCGACUAGCGAUUAAAUUUUCUGCAGAAUCUACUUUUACCACGCCACCACCUAGGGAGGUUGUUCUUGAGUGUGCAUCAGUUAAAAAUUACUCACCCCUACCUACAGUAAAGCCUCAUUGUGGACUGCGGUUGCCCCCGGACCGUCAUUGCUUGGCCUCCUGCAAUUACACGUUGAAGACUAGCCAAAAAAGGCUCCCCGCGAAAGGAAAUUUUGUAUCAGCUUCUCCAGGUUUCAAAAUGUCCUCGAAGUCGAAUAUUAGUUUUGUAAGGAAGCAAAAUCCUACAAUAGUACGACAAAACGUCGGUAUUCCGAAACCUACGAUGAAAAUUAGCGGCAAUCCAGUGCCAACCGUGCUGAAACCGAAAAUUCAAAUUACUCAAAAUGUACAGAUAGCUAGCCCAGGCUCAUCAGGUCUUAUGCACCUGGGGGAAAACCCUUUGAAGAGGAAAAGGGAAGAUGACUCUGAUGUUUAACAAUAUUAGUGAUGACGGAAAUUACAAUAUAAUAACUUUUAUACACACGAAAAUUAUUAUUAAGCUUAUUGGAAGUUUUCAGGAUUUUGUUUUUGUAGUUUUGCACUUGGCCUAUUUUAGUUAUUAUAAGUGAAUGUAAUUAAUUGAAUUGUUUUCCUUUAAAUACGCGCUUGUGUAUACUUAUGCCGAUUAAAAAUUAAACAGUUGCA